GGUCUUGAGCGAAGAGCGAGGUCGACAAAAGUUCAAUCACACACCCUGUACAUACUUUGUAACCUACACUCCCAUACCUCCUUACUCCAUCCUCAUAUAAACACCAUAUAGCGAGAUAGAUACUUGGGAGGAUGCCACCCCGACUCUGUCAACUUUGCCAGACGAACAAGGCCCUCAUCCGGCGGCCAAAGACGGGUCAACAAGUGUGCAAACCCUGCUUCUUCGAAGUGUUCGAGACAGAGGUGCAUCAUACCAUCACCGAGAAUGGAGGGAUCUUCAAGCCGGGGGACAAGGUCGCUAUCGGAGCUAGUGGGGGGAAAGAUUCUACCGUCUUGGCGCAUGUAAUGACAACCCUGAACGCCCGGUACAACUACGGCCUCGACCUAACCCUUCUAUCCAUCGACGAAGGUAUCACAGGGUACCGGGACGACUCAUUGCUCACGGUCGCCCAGAACUCUAAGGAAUACGCGCUUCCGUUGACCAUCCUAUCUUAUCAAGACUUGUAUGGGUAUACGAUGGACGAGAUUGUAGCAAAGGUGGGGAGAAAGUCGAACUGUACGUUCUGUGGUGUGUUCAGGCGCCAGGCUUUGGAUCGUGGAGCGGAGGGACUGGGUGUGGGGCAUAUCGUCACGGGACACAAUGCGGAUGAUAUAGCAGAGACGGUCCUGAUGAACAUAAUGAGGGGAGAUAUCGCUCGGCUGGCCCGAUGUACAUCGCUGGUGACCGAAUCGGAGGAUACGAUCAAACGGUCCAAACCGUUCAAAUACGCUUAUGAAAAGGAGAUCGUCAUGUAUGCGUAUUUCAAGAAACUGACUUACUUCUCGACCGAGUGUAUAUACAGCCCGGACGCAUAUCGUGGGCACGCCCGAGUCUUUCUCAAAGACCUCGAAGCGAUCCGUCCGUCGGCGAUCGUGGAUAUAAUACAUUCUGGAGAGACGUUCGAGCUGGGGAAAGAGGUCAAGGGGGGUUUGAAGGCAAUGCAGAAUUGUCUGAGGUGUGGAUAUAUCAGCUCGAACGACCUUUGCAAAGCCUGCGCGCUGCUCGAAGGUCUGGAUCAUGGGCUCGGCAAGGACGCCUACAAACACAACGCCGCAGGCAAGCUGGAUCUGGCCGCUCCCGCCAUGGGAGUGUCGAUUCCCGAUCGGAUACACGGGACGGAUAGGAAGAUCGUCGUGUAGUGCGCAGCCUGAUGAUCAUUCUGUAGACGAGGAAGAGGGUUGCUGGAGGACGACAGGUUGUAUCAGUUGUGAACGGACGGCUUGUAUCGCAUUACUACAGCACAGCAUAUAGCAUAGAGACGACAGCGUUUCGUUGAACAAAGGUCGCUAGAACGCG